AUGGCCGCUGCUCGGUUUCGUGCACGGCUGGAGCAAGUGCUGCUGACUUCCUGCGUCACAACUACCACCGCGAUCACAAAGUCGAAAGCACCUGGCACGUUAACAGUUACAUUCCCCCUCCCUCGAGUUUUCCUUCAAGCCAUCAUUAGCAGUUCGGUUGACCACAUCGCAAACUGCUCUAUCAUUUCAUUGGUGCUGGUCUCCAUUGCUCUUCGGAAAUGGGGUUCUUCCUUUUCAUCCUUCCUCGCCUUUAGCAUUCCUACCAUACCGUUCUCCGGCAACAUGCUCGACCCCGUUCCGGAGGGCGCUGUUUUCUUCUUGGAGUGGCCAAUGUGGGCCCGAUUAGCCCUUACGAUCAUCCUUACUACCGCCUUCGUUGUCAAGUUGAGAAAUUGGGCACGGGACAGAUCUCUGGAAAGAAGAGCACUAGAAGAACAGGCCGAACGAGGGGACAUGACAUUGGUCAACUGCUUGGACGAAGAUAUACCUUUUGGCAUCCGCGCGUUGAUCGAAGAUCCGGAGGUCGAAGGUGUGUGGAACGCUCAAACGGCAACUUCUUUACAUUUCGAUCCAGCCAGGGCCCCCUCUUCCUCGCAGGUGGCAAUCAAACCUAUUCGAUAUUCGUCGAUCUCUUCCACCUCGAUAUCCGAUUCCACGGGUUUAGGACUGACGCCACCGGAUGUCCUUACACCGCUCACGGACACCACAGCAGUUGCCGAUACGUCUGCUGAAUCUUCCUCUUCGAAGAAAGGAAAGACUAUUGUCAUAAGCUACAAUGGCCCAUGUCUCCACGCGGAAGCUGCCGACGUCGUGCCAGGUCUGGCAAUUUCCGAGUUUGUCCUCAACGCGGACUUUACUGAUGAUGGUUACACAGAUGGUGUUUCUUCCAUGACAAAGGACGAAGCGAGUCCUCUAUCCUCCAAAUUGCAGCUUCGUCCCGUUACCAACCUGCCGUCAUCAGGAACUCGUAAGUUUGUCAUUGGUAACAGGCAGAGAAACAUUCAGGGACACCAGAGGCCUGAAGUUCGGUCUGAUCUCAACCCUCUUGAGCGCAUGGAAGCUCAUAGGCGCUUCCACGCUGCCGAAAGUGGACAACUCCUCCCCAGGAACCGCAGGCAUACUGACAUGGCUCUGACGCCCGCGUUGGCCUCGUCUCUUUCAGAUAGCGAGGACAGUGAUGACUCAGCGUCCCGUACUCUAUCAUGGCCGGCUCGAAACGGCAGUAUGAAUCUCGGCAAGCAGUUUUCUCGCAGAGCAAAACGGAUGGAAGGACCGAGGCCGGUGCCCUUCCGCGCGUUCGUCGAUGCCUUGCCCACCGCAAAACCCCCUCCUUCGGCAUGGACGGAUAAGACCCAGGCCAGAGUCGACGCAAAAAUCCCCCCUUCCGCGAAAACCAGUGAAACUGCAUCCAACACGUCUCGGCAUACUCCGAGCUCUUCUAGAAGUUCGACAUCUGCGACAGCAACGACGUCACCCACGGAUUCGCUCUCGAUUGCGAAUACUCGAUCACGGAAAAUCAAUGAUGGAUUUGAAGUACUACCUGCCGGCACACUGGAGAAGGGACCAAAGGUCAAGGAUUUUGGAACUCGACAUGAGGACUUGGACAUGAGGAAGAAGCCUAAGAAGCUGAAGAAACGGCCACACUCGGAUUCUGGAAGUCGUCGAAGUUCGACAGAAAGUGGGAGACGCAGUAGUGACACCUUCCGUUUGCCAAUUUUCUGA